GAAAUAUGCUUAAAAUUAUAUUUUUUCUAUUACUAUUACUAUCGACUUUUGACAGUGACAGCGACCGCUGUGGCUGACGUGUACUUGUUUUUAUUGCGGCAGCCGGACGGCAUCGUAUUUCUUGAAUUUUCUUGUAAUAAAGAUUUUCUAUAAACGGUCAUCAUGAUCACCGACAUGCAACUGGCAGUGUUCUCCAACUUCGUGGGAGUGUCCAUAUUCUUAUUAGUAAUCCUAUACCACUACAUCAAUGUCAACAGCAAGUAGGUAAACAUGAACCAGCCAGUUAAAGCAACUAUGUGCUAGGAUUAUGUUCUCUUUCCAUCUAUGUUAUGUUUAAGAUGUAAAUAAAAUAAGUAUUCUCACUGAA